GGAAGCCGAGGGGGCUGGGUCGGGGGGAGGCAGAGGGACCGGUGUCGGCCGCGGGUGCCGCUGCCGCCGCUGCUCCAGCCUGUUCCGUGUGGCCCACGCGGGCCCCGCUGCGGCCAUGAUGAUCCACGGCUUCCAGAGCAGCCACCAGGACUUCUCCUUCGGGCCCUGGAAGCUCACGGCGUCCAAGACCCACAUCAUGAAGUCAGCGGAUGUGGAGAAGUUAGCUGAUGAAUUGCAUAUGCCAUCUCUCCCUGAAAUGAUGUUUGGAGACAACGUUUUAAGAAUCCAGCAUGGCUCUGGCUUUGGGAUUGAGUUCAAUGCUACAGAUGCAUUAAGAUGUGUGAACAACUACCAAGGAAUGCUUAAAGUAGCCUGUGCUGAAGAGUGGCAGGAAAGCAGGACGGAGGGUGAGCACUCUAAGGAGGUUGUGAAACCGUAUGAUUGGACCUAUACAACAGAUUAUAAGGGGACGUUACUUGGAGAAUCACUUAAGCUAAAGGUUGUACCUACAACAGAUCACAUAGAUACAGAGAAAUUGAAAGCCAGAGAACAGAUUAAGUUUUUUGAAGAAGUUCUCCUGUUUGAGGAUGAACUUCAUGAUCAUGGAGUUUCAAGCCUGAGUGUGAAAAUUAGAGUAAUGCCUUCUAGCUUUUUUUUGCUGCUGCGGUUUUUCUUGAGAAUUGAUGGGGUGCUUAUUAGGAUGAAUGACACAAGACUUUACCAUGAGGCUGACAAGACCUACAUGUUACGAGAGUAUACCUCACGAGAGAGCAAAAUUGCUAAUUUAAUGCAUGUUUCACCUUCCCUCUUCACGGAACCUAAUGAAAUAUCACAGUAUUUGCCGAUAAAGGAGGCAGUUUGUGAGAAGCUAAUAUUUCCAGAAAGAAUUGAUCCUAACCCUGCAGACUCAAAAGAAUGUACACCUGUGGAAUAGAAUUUAUUACAGCAUAUACUGACCGUGGAAUCUGACUGGAGACCUUGGGGCUAUUUGGAGGGGGUAUUUUUAUUAUGAGAAUUAAUUGCCUUGUCUAUGUGCAGAUUUUCUGUAGCCUUAAAGGAAAAAUAAAUAAAUAAAAGAGUGUCGCAGGCAGUUUCCACUCAA